CGUUUUCCAUUCGAUAGCAACUCGAUCGAGGGAAUGGAGACACCCGGUCAGAUUGCCUCCUACCCUGGUGCCACCAUGAUGCUCCAAUACCGCUCUCACCUGUUUACUAUCCUCAUCUGUGGGCAGUUCGCACGGUUCAUACGCUGGGAUAGAACUAGGGCCAUCGUUAGCAUGUCUUUCGACUACACUAAUGAUCCUGAUUUGGUCUCCGAUUUCUAUAAAUGA